GAGUGCACAUUCAGUUGUAAUAACAUUUGCAUGCAUAUGUUAUUUUUUGAAUUUUUUAUGAAUUUGUCAGUCAGUCCUGUUACCCCAUAAAGGAAUCAUUUUAGGUUCCAAUAAUAACAACAAGAAAAGUAAUUGAAAUAUGUGCAUGUGGAGAACCUUUAUAUUGUUAAAGUAUCUUUGAUUUAGGUGAAGGUUCUUUAGACUCUUAUAUAGUUUUAAAUGUACAAGACAAGGUAUGACAGGGUUUUUUUUAUUUUGGAACCAAAAGUAGUUAUCAAAAGUAGUGACUCCUAUGGCGUCACUUGGCGUCUCAUAUUUAUGGUAUUUUGGGAGGACCCUUACUGCUGAUUAGUCACCAGACCAAAGCCACCCACCAUUUGUUAAAACAAGCAAAUAUUUGUUUAAGCAACAUCAUAAGUUCUUUAUUUGCUGUUGUUCCGUGUAUUGUUCAGUGGCUAUGCAUAUUGAUUUGAUAGGUUUGAAUUGAACUGUAUUAUAUGAAAUUCUAUAUGGGUCUUGUAAAACUGAAAAACAAACUGUGGUCUUAUAUGCUUUUGAAUAAUGGUCUUUUAAUAAAAACAUUAGGGCCAUUCAGAUUACCAGAAUGUAUGAAUGGUACAGUUCUACUACAAUUUUUAACAAUAUGUGCCUAUGCAUCCAAUGCAACGCAACAGAGUUAAUUAUACUCUUUUAAUUAGUUCUCUUAGUGCUUGCUGUGUGUGUUUCUGUGUGUGUAUGUGUGUGUGUGUAACAGGGUUUGUACGUGUCUUUAAAUAGACCACCUCUCUUCUUCAGUCAGCCGCAUCACACAUGCUCUCAUUCAUACUUCAUCUCUUCAGCUUCCUCCCCCACAGCCCUGUGUGUAUCUACUGAACAGAUUCUCACAGUCACAUUAACACACUUCAGUCCUGAGUGAGUGCUGAGGAGGAGCCAUAUUGUCCAGCCUGAUUAGUCUAUUGAACUGGUUUGGAUUAUGCUUUGCUUGAGUUUAGACAGAGUCAACUACUGCUUUUUUCCUCAUGUGAUCUUCUGUUUAACCAAUCAGAAUUACUCCACAAAGCCCAGAAUCUUGUAUAUGACAAAAAAAAUUAUGUCCCGAAGGAUUACUGUUAAAAUAAAAAAAAUAAAUAUAUAUAUACCAUGAAUUUCCAAGUAGAAAAGAUGACUAAUGAUCAAAAUGAUCGGGACACUUUCAGGAGCUUUGAUUCCAUUUUAGAUCCAUAGUCAUUAAUAUAGAGUUGAUCCCAGCUAUGCAUCAUGUUUAAAACUCUGCAGUUAUUGCAUUGCUAAGUAGCACUUGACUUCACUGUCUGAAUAUUCUAAAUAAAUGUUUGCUGAGUGUAAAUUAACUAUUAUACUGUUAUGUCGUAAUUAUAUUAGUAGCAUGACAUUUAAAUAAUAGAAUUUCUUCUUAAAACAUUUUGGUGCAAUUUAUUAUCCAAAAAAUGUAAUAUUGCAACCGUAAGCUGCAGCUUAAGUCAUAUUAAAUAUAUAUCCAUGCAAUACCAUAUGUCUAUAUGUCUAUAGACACACUAUUGUGUGUAUUGUUAUUGUGUGUAUUGUGUAUAUUAUGUAUACUGUUAACUGUAAGUUAACUGUAAUGUUUUUUUUUAUUUUAUCUUAUUAUUCUACUUUGUUGUAAAUAUUGUUCUCUAUAUACUAGUGGGAACCUGCACCUGCCCAGUUUGUCACUCACAUUUACACCUGUACUUUGUGACAUGACAAUAAAAAAUCUUGAAUUUUGAAGAACAUAAACAGCACCCUCCAAACUAGCUCUAAAUACCUGAAUAAACAUUACUUUCACACAUAGUUAAAAGAUUAAAGAUUAAACAUUUAUUAAUCAUUUAUUCCUCUGAAUAAUUAAGUAAUGAACAUAUUUAAAAUAUAUAUCCGUUUGUUACAAAGUGAAAGUACUAAAGAAAAGAAGAAGUGAAAAAGAAUUUAAAGAAGGGAAAGUCUGUAGAUGUGAAAUUUGCCAAAGGAAAGGCCAAGCAGACGUGGAGACAGAUGAGAGCAGAAGAGACUUCCAGAUGUGGAGAUUAAGUGUAAGCUUCAGGUUUGAACUGCCCUGUUACUAAAGGCCAGAAAUGUACAGUAAAGCUGCUUUCCCUGCUUUUCCUGCUGCAGGCUUGAUUAUAUAGAUAUAUGUUUGGCUGUAGAACUGUAGAAAGAUUUUUUUUCCAGGUUUUUUGGCUUGCAAAUGGUUUCAGUCUGAAUUUGACCCAGAUAUAUAAUCUGUUAAACUCUAGUGAACUUAAUGCUACUGCACUCUAACAAAUCACGGCAGAACACUCCCACUGAGGGGAAAUAAAGUAUAAGCAGGUGCUGCUGAUGACAGAAGUACAGCUUAAAGCACGUGCAUGUGUAUUUUCAUACUGAAUCCACUUAACUUCAAGACUGCGGGAAAUAACCUGUACAUGAACUCAGAUUAGAGAAAUGCACAGAUUAGAUUUCACUGUACUGUAAUGUAUCUGUCUGCAAUUUCCUUGCAUGUAGACUGUGAUGGAAGCUGUAUGCUCAGUGGUUUAAAGGAUAAGAUUUACUGUUCAUGGUCAUCAUGUGUUCAUGUGGUUUGUAUUUUUGGUGAUGGAGAUUUUCUAUUGAAAGAAAAUUUAAAUCUAGGACUAGGCUUAAUCCCUGUUUGGGAAACUGACCCUACAAGUCCAAAUGCAGACAUACACCAUUUCCCAUUGGGGUUUAUUUCAAGAUGCACCAAUUGUACACACUCCGCUUGUUUAAUCUCCAUUGAAAACCAUUGCCAAUGGAAUAAGAUGCUUUGGAGCAGUAGCACAUGAGCUGAUGGUCAGCUCAAUCAGAGAUAUAAAACCUCAUCCAUGCAUUGGCAGCAGUUCUCCAACAUAUCAUUUAAAGCUCUCCUAUAAGAGUAAAAGUUCCAAAUAAAAGACAUUUUGAUUCAUUUUGUAAGUAUGAUUAACAAAAUAUGUUUUUUUUCAAAGCAGAUUGUGGAUAUUAUCAGCAAUACCCUUGAUUUCAGAAGAAACACUACAAAGCAGCACUCGUAUCUGGACAGGGAGACUUCUCUGAUACUGAAAAGCAUUGCAGGAAAGCCCUCUCACUUGCUGACAAAGGAGGAGCAGGCUGCCAAGCUCAAGGCAGAGAAGAUCCGUGUCGCUCUGGAGAAGAUUAAGGAGGCACAGGUCAAAAAGUUGGUGAUCCGGGUGCACCUCUCUGACGAGAGCUCCAAAACCAUGAUGGUGGACGAGAGGCAGACGGUGCGUCAGGUGCUGGACAGCCUGCUGGACAAAUCCCACUGUGGCUACAGUCUGGACUGGUCUCUAGUGGAGAUGAUCAGCGAGCUACAAAUGGAGCGGAUCUUUGAGGACCAUGAGAACCUGGUGGAGAACCUGCUGAACUGGACGAGAGACAGCACCAACCGACUAAUGUUCAUCGAACGAAUCGAGAAAUACGCUCUGUUCAAGAAUCCACAGAACUAUUUGUUGGGGCGGAAGGAGACAUGCGAGAUGACGGACAGGAAUAAAGAAGCUCUGCUGGAGGAGUGUUUUUGUGGAAGCUCCAUCAGUGUGCCUGAGAUGGAGGGAGUGCUCUGGCUGAAAGAAGAUGGUAAGAAGUCCUGGAAGAAGCGCUACUUCCUUUUACGAGCAUCCGGGAUUUACUAUGUGCCAAAAGGCAAACCCAAGGCUUCAAGAGACCUGGUGUGCUUUCUACAGUUGGAUCAUGUGAAUGUGUAUCUGGGGCAGGACUACCGCAGCAAAUACAAGGCUCCCACUGACUACUGCAUGGUUCUUAAGCACCCUCAGAUUCAGAAGAAAUCUCAGUACAUCAAGUACCUGUGCUGCGAUGAUGUCAGAACUCUACAUCAGUGGGUGAAUGGAAUACGCAUUGCCAAGUAUGGGAAGCAGCUGUAUGUGAACUACCAGGAGGCCAUGAAGCGGACUGAAGCUGCCCAUGACUGGUCGUCUUUGUCCAGCUCCAGUAUGAAGUCUGGUUCUAGCUCCUCUAGCCUGCCAGAAUCCCAGUCCAACCACUCCAGCCAAUCAGACAGCGGUGUGUCAGAGACUACUUCCUCUGGCCACGUACGCUCCCAGAGUGUGGUCAGCUCCAUCUUUUCAGAGGCCUGGAAGAGAGGCAACCAAUCUGAGGAGGGCAAGAUGAGAAUGGAUCCCUCUCCAUCAACACAGCCCACUAGAGCUUCAUACCCUCUGCAGCUUCCCCAUUUGCCCCAAAUGCCCCUGUUGCCUCAAGCUUCCCUGUCCCAUGGUAGCUACCCCUGUGUGUCACCACAGUCCUCUCCUUCUCCACCAUCACCUCCACCUCCUCCUCCGCCUCCUCCUCCACUGCCCAAUCCUACCUUCCACUCCACGCCCACAAUGUUCACAAAGUAUAGCACCAUUGCCAGGCUGCAGAACAUCUCUCAGGCUCCUAAUCACUACAAACAGACACCCCUAGUGGCAGCAGUGCAACAACAGCAACAGCAGCAGCCCCCCAUUCCUCCACCACAGUGUGCAAAACCAUUAACAAUGAACAAUGUAGCAGCAGCUGCCAACAGCCCACCUCCACCUCCACCACCGCCCCCUCUAUGUAUGCCUAUGCCAGGCUCUGCCAUGGCGGUACUGAAGUUAGGGCCUCCAAGUCCUCAACCACAAUUUAUCCCUCCACCUCCCCCAGAGAAUGAACACCUGCCUCCACCAGAUCACAUGCAGAGCAAUGGCAUUUUACCCCCUCCUCCACCACCAGAGCAGUUUAAAUACCCUCCACCCCUCAGCACCAAUGGCCUCCAGCAGUUCCUGGCUCAGAAGUUUCCCAACAUGAGCUACGACUUUUCUCCCCUCAACCAGGAUGAGGAGCAGCCUCCUCCUCCACCACCAGUGUGUUUCUCUCCUCCUCCAAUGUCAGGGCCUCCUCCUGCACCACCUAAGUCUUUUACCGGAGGAUUUCCGCCCCAGACUGCCCCUAAACCUUCCGGACCUGGGCACAGCAUCUCUCCGGUCUCCCCUUUACCUGCUCCCGUGUCCCCAUCCCCAUCCACCUCUAUGAAGAAGCAACAGAGCUUCUCCGGUGGCCAUAGCCCCAACCAGCCUCCACCCACCUUACCCAAACAGCACAGCUUCCCCUCAAAAGCUCCGCCUAUGUCGACCGCUAUCUCCCCAACCCCGUCGCUGGUUAAACAACUGGUGAACCAGUUCCCUGGAACUAUGGAUGCUUCUAAAAGCAUCGCCUCUCCACCAGUAGUUAAAGCUAAGCCCAAAUGGCAGCCAGGUGGGCAAGUUCAGCCCCAGUCCCCCGAGUUUCCCCCUCCUCCUCCUGAGAGUAGCCUGGACUUUCCUCCUCCUCCACCACCUCAACCUUCUACUACAAGCCCACCCACUUCCAAGAUGGGGUCACCAAUCAAGAAAUCGCCUUCCACUUCCUCCAACUCUUCAACCGGUUCUGCUGGGAAGAGGCCUCCUCCAACACCUCAGAGAAACUCCAGCAUAAAGUCAAACUCCUCUGUUGAGUACCAGGAGUCGAAAAAGGUGGAGGAUCUUGUGAGCAUGUUCGCUCAGCCUAGCCAGCCUUCCUCCACUUCCUUCUCUACCCCCUCUUCUACAACAGGAUCGCCAUCCAAGGAUUCUUCUUCAAGCUUCAGAGCGUCAACAAAACCAGGAAAGAUCAACCUGGCUCACCUGCCACUGUCUCUGCAAGGGAAAUCCGGUCAGCCCAACUCAGACUUCCCCUCUCCGCCUGCUGAGUUUGACUUUCCACCUCCUCCUCCAGACUCCGAGCUCCUGCCUCCUCCUCCUCCACCCAUGGAGCUUCACACUGGGGCUCCAAAAGUGGCUGUUGUCAACCCCCAGCCGCAGAUGUCCUCCAACACAUCUUCGUGGAAGCAGAGCUCCUUGAGGAAGGCACCUCCUCCCACUAUGCAUAGGCGCAGCAGCGGACCUCCCGAGCCCCUGGUCCUUUCUCCUCCACCACAACAGAUCCCUCUCACCCCGUUCAACUCCCAACUGCCCCCCACCUCACCGAAGAGCAACCUCUCCAUUCAACCCAACUUCCUUGAGGACCUCAACAGGACUUUAAAGAGAAAGUCUAUGUCCAGGCAUGGCUCCCUCACCUCCUCCCGCAUCUCCGCCAAGCUGGAGCCCGUGGCCACUAUGGACGACAUGGCCCUGCCGCCUCCACCCCCAGAGCUGCUGCUGGGCCAGCAGAAAAAGGGAGGCUACACGGGUGCCAACAUCUCAGGCUAUGCAACAUUACGGCGCGGGCCACCACCCCAACCCCCAAAACGGGACCAAAACACCAAACUGACAGGGGAGUGGUAGACCAGGGGCAUGCGCCAAAAAAGCUGCGUGCUGCCCGUCUGCUGUUCUCCAUUCAGACUCUCUCACACAGACGACUGCGAAGAAUACUAUUCCUCAUUUUAACCCCAGUUAUUAUCACAGUAUAAAAAAGCAAGCCAAAUCACAUACAGUAUAAGCUUUCUCUGCGUGUUUGUGCCGCUUUGCAAUUACAUGUGAGCAGUUAUACAAAAGCGACGAAAAAGAAACUCUGCCGUUACUAUAAAUAGGUACUGCAUGGACUCCAUCGUGAGGAAAGGGGAUUAUGUAUGUAUUAUAAAAGAUGUAUCUGGAAACUUGGGGUGGGGAGGGUGCUUUUACCAUUUUUAUAUGAAAUUAUUUAAUACCUGAAAUAUAUUCUUAUUUGAAAGUUUAGUUUUUAAACCCUUGACUGUAUGCGUUAAACGUGACUAGAAAUCAGGGUUGAUGAAGAAGAGAUGUGUAUAUGUGUGCAUUUUGUCUGAGUGGUUAGGUUGAUCCACUCUCAGAAAAGAAAAGAAGCAAUGGCUUGGUAACAUUGCCUCACUUUACCCACUAUUAUUAAACGGAAGUCCAGAAUUUCAAGGACUGCACCGAUUUGUUGGAUAUGUUCUGAAUGAAGUAAUUGGAAAAGUUUCCACAAUGCGCUUAAAUGGUUGAAAACCUUCUAUGGAUGAAAAAUAAUUAUUGCAAAAAAAAAAGUUGUCUCUUGUUUUGAUUAGGACCCUUACUUUUCACAAAGACAUCCAGAUGUCAAGAAAGUGAACCCACGUCUCAUGUGAGGGGCUCUUCAGCCCUGUUGUGUGUGGGAUUGGAUGUUUUCUGUCUGUUUAUGUUGGUUACAUUGCUAUCUAUCUGUACAUACUGCAGCUGUUCCUGACUUUAACAGCUAUUGUUAGCUCUGUGGCUCACAGGAAGACUUUUUUUUCUUUUACUUCUACGGUAAACUUCGGUUGCUUCUCCCUCAUGCUAAAAGUUCAAGUGCUUCUCAUAUCUGGGCCACAUAUCUUUUGUAUUGUUGCUAUUGCAAGGUUACACUCAUAUUGAAGUUGUAUGCACCUCAUAAUGCUUUAUAUUGAUUACAUGUAUCAAGUAUGAGCUGAACUGGCUGAUCAGUAGACUUACUACAUUUAGAGAAUUUUUUCAGCCACUUUUCUCCAGAACACUAAUGACAAGAAAAUGUAGCAUUAGGAGUCCUGCCCAAAGGCUCUUACUGGUAUGGCAUGACAUGCUUGCUCAGGUGAGGAAAUUGAACCGCUGUCUGCGAGGAUUUUUGUUUCAAGUUCAUUUGAAAUGAAGGAGGGAAGUAGUGUUAUCCUGUGUGCUGUACCUAGUGCUACCAGUGCUGCCAUCUCUGAGGUUAAUAUGUGGACACUUGAUUUGCACACAAUAAGAGCUUUUAAAACAGAGCUAGAUGUUUUUGUGCCUGUUCAGUUGUGAAGAUCUGACCGUAUGACCUUACAAGAGCCGUGGACUGUCCAGCUCCAACUGCUUACAGGAGGCACAGACCUUUACCUCAGUAAUCUGGUUUUGGGAACAGAGCUUGGAAGCAGCUGAAGUGUCACAGCUGUGAGCACAGUGCUAAUAAUGAUGGUUGUUAAUGUCAGGAGUACUUUAGAUAAAAUACACGGGAAAGUUAUUGUCUGUUGCAUUUAAACUGAACAAUAUAAAUGUGUACCUCCUGCAGAAA